CAAUCAGUCAAUCAUCAAGCAGGCAAGCAAACCGGCGUUUCGACAUGGCGAAGAACCAACGAGUGCGACAAGCGACACAUCGUUGUCAUCAUCACCACCUACAUGCAGUGUAGCUACAUACAUACAUACACAUCUGCUGCGCCUCCCUCCCCUUCGUAUCCUUUGCGAGAGAUUCCAAAACUGCAAAUCCAGGUCAUCCAUCAUCAUUUGCUUUCAUGCAAUCCACCUCCCUGCAUGCGCUGCGCCAUCAAUACAGACCCUUCAUGCGCAUGCCCGCUCGUUCGCCCCUGCAAGCAAAUCACACUUUCUCUCACUUCUAUCAUUAUGGUUCAGCAUCUAUCCACACAUGGCACUCGAAGCGCUUAAACUUUUCCUAGUGUCGACGGCUGUCGUCCGAGCUUUCAAAUCGCGCUACCCGACUAAGGCCUGGCCGUCAAUCACUCCGAAUCUUUGGACCAAUCAUGGACCCUGCCGAGCCCAAUCCAGUCGUCUUCUUCGACAUUACGCUAGGAGGCGAGAAGCUGGGUAGGAUCAAGAUGGAAUUGUUCAUGGACGUCGUGCCCAAGACUGCCGAAAAUUUCCGCCAAUUCUGCACCGGCGAAACCAAGAACAUCCGCAACCAGCCACAGGGCUACAAGGGGUCCAAGUUCCACCGUAUAAUCAAAGGCUUUAUGAUUCAGGGAGGCGACUUUAUCAAUGGCAAUGGCACUGGCUCGAGGACCAUCUACGGCACUGAAAAGUUCGCAGAUGAAAAUUUCAACCUGAAGCACACCGGGCCAGGUCUUCUAUCAAUGGCAAACAGUGGUCCAAACACGAAUGGCUGCCAAUUCUUCAUCAUCACAGCUCCAGAUGGAACGCCUCAUCUGAACAACAAGCACGUUGUCUUCGGCAGGGUUGUAGAAGGCAUGGAUGUUGUCACCAAGAUUGAAAACACCCGCGUCGUUGGCAACCCGGAGGGAAAGCCGGUGCAAGACGUGGCUAUCGCCCAGUGUGGGGAGAUGUGA